CGGUAGUGCAGAGGUCUGUCAGGGCUUCCCUGUGAGGAAGACGAAGGGAAGAGGAGGGGAGACAGGUGAGAGUGCAAAGGGAGGGGAGAAGUGAAUCGAGAAGAGGGGAGAAGUGGGCGGGAGGAAGUAAGGGCGGCGUACUGACACUGGGAUUUUUUCGACGGAAUCGGGUCCGUUCUUAAGCUCAGAUGCAUCCACGAAAAUCUUAGUGUUGGUGUGUCCAAACGCACGAAGCAGGCGAGAAAAAGGAGAAGGAGGAGGAGGAGGAGGAGGAGGAGGAGGAGGCGGAGGAGAAGAAAGAGAAACAUAACUCCUAGGUGGGGAGAAGAUAGGUAAACGGGAUCAGCGGAAGUCGAGGAGGAUGCGAGGCGGGAAGCAGGAUUAGGCGGGAAACAUAAUCUGGCGGGAAGGAGAAUUUGGCGGGAAACAGAAUUUUGGCGGGAAACCGAAUUUGGCGGGAAAGAGCAUUAGGAGAGGGCGAGGAAGAAAGAUAGGGGAGUACAACGACAGAACGAGGAGGAGGAGGAGAGUACCGAAAGCAGCAAAAGAACAGAUCAGCAGCAAAAGCAGAGGAGGAAAAGAGAAGGAGAAAGGAGAAGGGGGAAAGCAGAUAAGAGAUACACAUCUACAAGAAUUGGGAGAGGUAGGGAUGCUCUCGCUAAGAGUUCUUCGCAACACAGUUCGCGGCACCAUACGGGCCCACCCCCCGUGUAAUCUCCAUGCCUGCGCACGUGCGCUAGCAGGAUUUCAGUCCUCUGCGGUUUCAGCCGCCAAAGAAGAUUCUUCGAAGCCAAAAGUUACACACGGACAUGAUCCUUCCUUCAUUCGAGAGAUGAAGCAGUACAAGUCGAAGGUGUCGGACCUGCGGAAGGUUUUUGCGGAAGAGGUCGCCGCAAGGAACAGGGAUGUGGAGAGGAAGAUUAAGGAGAAGAGGGAGAGGCAGAUGGUACACAGGGAAGAAGUUUUGCGCGCCAAGAGUGAGCGAUCGGUACAAAGAGCAGCGCAGAUUGUGGAAGAAGUAAAGCUCGCAAAAACGAGGGGCGAGGAUGAAAGAAAGGCCAGAUACGCGCGACUGGUGAGAUCGGAGCAAAAUCUUUCGAAGAAGAAGGCGAGAACAACUGCUCUCUUGCGACAGGAAAGCGUUACCUGGAUUGAGCCUGACCAAUUGCAGAGCAGGAUUUUUCAAGCCUUGGCAGAUCCUCACGCCUUGUGAUUUUUUUUUUUUUUUUUUUUUUUUUUUUUCAUUGAUUACGCCACCCUAUCCCGAAUUCCCCACUCC